AUGCGGCCGCCGGAUUCGAAUUCGCAUGCUAGUAGUAAGCGCAAAUUCCCGACCGACAACAACGAAUUGGCCAGGAAGAAGAGACGGGCUGCCGACCCUGAAACUGCUCUCCCGAGCGAGAGUCAGGCGGCAGAUUCGACGCCGACGACAAGCUACUACAGCCAAGUCUACGGCCCACUCCUGAGGAAACUGAACCAGAAGUAUGAAGUCAAGCCCAUGUCGGUCAUGCCCUCGACGAGCAUCGGCAAGCACGUCGACCGUGCGCUCGAGCAUCUCGGCCGCUUCAGCGCGUGGGACACAUCAGUACUCCCGGGGGUCGUUCUCUUAUGCGCCAAGUCGAGUGCUUCCGGCAAACUCAUGACGAUUGCCGAGAUAAUUAGACGGCGCAUCGGCGAGAGCGAUCAGAAGUGGUUUCAGUACAACCUGCUGAGCGAGAUGGUGGUGGAAGAGCCAGCGGAGCCGGCGGAGGAAGAUUCGGUUGUGGAGGACACGUUCAUGGCGGCUGAUCGCGGGAGCGAGGAAGGAGCAGACGACGAAUACUUCGAGACGAUACAGCCGACCAUUCAUGAACGAGCGGUGCAGCCGGCGAAAGUUAGAUACAAAGCACACGUCACGGUCCUGCUCUCCAGGGUACCGCUUGGCGAGUUGAAGAUGGAAAAGAACGUCUCACUCCAGACGAACGAGCACCAUAUUGAGUACUUGCGAAAGAAGAAAAUGGGCCUUGUUAGCUAG